AUACUGUAAGCAAUCUAAUCUAUGCAUAACAUUUACCUUUAAAAUUAAAUCCAAGUUGGAUAUAAACGAAAUGUGAGCAAAGAGGUACAAUCAGAGACAGGCAUCGUCUUGGGCAUCCCUCCUGCCCAAAAACGUUGUGUAUUCGUAGUAAGCAGUACCACGAUGGCGGCUGAGUGUGGAGAAGAAGAGAGAGAUACCCAGACUCUGGGGAGCGACGAGGAAGAGAUGGAAUCGACGGUAGAAAGUCCGGGUGAAGGAGGAGGUUCUUCCGAUAGAACUGGUGAAUCUUCUGAUGAGGAGGACGAGAAGGAGAAUGAGGCGGAAAUACAGCGGCUAGAGGAGCAGCUGUCAAUAAAUGCCUUUGACUACAACUGUCACGUGGACUUGAUCAAGCUUUUAAGACAAGAAGGAGAGCUUGAAAGGCUGCGGCGUGCCCGUCAGAAGAUGAGCGAACUUUUUCCACUGACUGAAGAGAUCUGGUUGGAUUGGCUGAAGGAUGAAAUCAAGGUUGGAGAGGAAGACGCCAGUCGAGAUAAGGUGUAUGAGCUAUUUCAGCGAGCUGUCAAAGACUAUAUAUGUCCCGAAAUUUGGCUGGAAUAUGCCCAGUAUUCUAUUGGUGGCAUGGGGGAAAAGGAUGGCAUUGCCCAGAUCCGUGCCAUCUUUGAGAGGGCACUUACAGCUGUUGGACUUCAUAUGACCAAAGGAUCAACUGUCUGGGAUGCAUACAGGGAAUUUGAAAAUGCAAUACUUGGGACAAUACAGCCAAAGCCUGGCAGCAUCCCCACAGCAGAGCAGCAGCAGAUGUUUAACUCCCAGCUUGAGAGAAUUCACACACUCUUCAAACGACAGCUAGGUGUACCACUCUUGGAUAUGGAGACUACUUAUGCAGAGUAUGAGGAGUGGUCAGAUGAUCCCAUUCCAGACUCAGUCACACAGAACUUUAGGAAGGCACUGCAGCAGAUGGGAAAGUACAAACCCUAUGAAGAAUCUCUGCUGGCUGCCGAAACACCAAAGUUAUCGGAAUACCAGGCGUACAUUGACUUUGAGAUGAAAGUUGGAGACCCUGCUCGCAUCCAGCUAAUUUUUGAACGUGCCCUUGCAGAAAACUGUCUAGUGCCAGAUCUGUGGGCAAAGUACACCCAGUAUCUAGCACGACACUGUAACAACAUGCAGAAAGCUAGGGAGAUCUGGGACAGUAUUAUGACCAGAGGAAAUUCUAAAUUUGCCAACAUGUGGCUUGAAUACUACAAUUUGGAGAGAGCACACGGAGAUACCCAACACUGUAGGAAGGCCUUACAUCGAGCUGUCCAAUGCACUACAGACUAUCCAGAGCAUGUGUGUGACGUUCUCCUUGCUUUGGAGAGAAUAGAGGGCUCAUUAGAAGACUGGGAUACAGCUGUACAGAAGACAGAAAAUAAGUUGUCUCGAAUCAGUGAGCAGCGAGCAAAGGCUGCUGCAAAAGAAGCAAAACUAGCCCAACAGGAAGAGGAGAAAGCUGACCAGAAGAAAAAAUUGAGAGCGGAGAAAAAAGCUUCAAAGAAAUUUAAAAAAGCAAAACCUGGAGAGAAACGGAAAGUGGAGGAUGAGGAGGAGGAAGAGGAGGAGUGGGGGGAGGAGGCAGGUGUGUAUCCAGAGAACUUAAUUUUGCUUCUUUGUCAGAUAGAUUUGCAGUUUAUUAUAGCAGAGUGUUCACUGAGCUCUUGCUGCUGUGUUGUGUGA